AUGUGCAUUAUUUAUAAGUAUAAAUGCAAAAAUGAAUUACGACCAAUCAAAUUUACUUCAGAAAAUCAAGAAGAUCGCUUUAUGGGCUCUAAAACAAUUUUAAGGGAUAAUAAAGGAACUGUUUAUAAAAUAAUCCCAAGUGAUAAUAGAAGAGAAGUUGAAUUUUAUAUGUCAAUAGAUAAGUAUCAUGUACUUAAUAAAUACUCAAUUAUUCCAAAAUUUAGAAAGAUCGUUAAAGUAGAGAGAUCUUCAAUAUAUAAGCAGUAUAAUAAUAAUGAAAGAACUAAUAAUCAAAGACAUUUUAUGAUAAGACACUUACCAAAUUUUUUAAUAGCAAAUUUUCUACAAAAUAUCGAUCUUAGAAAUUCCAAUGAAAGUAUUAUCUACCAAAAUUUAGAUUGUUCAAAUUUCCAAUCAUCUUGUUCUAAUAAUAAUUCAAUAAUGACAUCAUUGAAAAAAAGUAAUAUGGAAUAUAAAAUAGCCAUAGCAAUGGAUGAUUUUGUCAAAGGUUACAAACACCCACACAUACUUGAUCUUAAGCUAGGUACAUCUUGGAUAGGACAAAUGGAAGGGGAACCUGCAUUCAAAGCAAGACAAUUACUAUUUGAGAUGUUUCCUAAAAAGGAGGAUAGAAAAUUAGAAAUAGAAAAACGGCUAUUAGAAAAAAUUCAAGAAAAAGAAGAAAGUAAAUCUAAUUUAAAUAUAUCAAAUAAUUAUAAAUCAAUAUAUCCUUUUAAUCUAGAAAUAUCCGAUGAGGAGUACCAAUGGAAAUUAUGCACACAAAAAAGUUGUAUACUAAAACGUAUAUCUGGACUAAUUCAUAGAAUAUAUAAAAGGAACAUAAAAUCAGAUAUAAUAUUCAGAGAUUCUAAUUUAAGUAAUUAUAAUAUUCAAAAUGACAAUAGCUAUUAUUCUUUAGUAUCUCCAGCUUCCGCAAAUAUUCAUGAUUUAAGAUAUUUAUUGAAGUCCUACAAACAGCAAUUAACUAUUGAAACAACAUGCCAACAUGAAAUUGGAAUUAGGAUUCAGGGUCUAAUAGGAAAUGAUAAGUUUGUUACACGCCAACAAGGGAAGGAACUUUCUGCAGUUAAAACAAAACAAACUAUUGAAAAUUUUUUAUCUAUGUCUCCUCAACUCUGUAGACUAGCAAUAAGAAAACUUCAAAUACUAAAAACUUGGCUUUUAACUCAAACAAAUUUUAAGUUAAUUGCAACUUCAAUUGUACUUGUUUUUGAUAGGUAA